GCAGCAGCAGCAGCAGCAGCAGCAGCUUCUCACCUGCCUCGCCCCAGGAGAGUGCUUCCCUUCUGCGGCUGCGCAGAGGGCGGUGCGGCGCUGAAGGUGCCCGGAGGAGGAGGCCUCCUCCUGGAAGAGAGAAGCCGUCAAAUUGAUUUCGACUUAUGGCCACCCAUGAAUGAGAGACCUCCAACUCAUCAACAGCUUGCUUAGGUCCUGCAGAUUCAGGAACAUCUAAAAUGUUGAUAUGAGGAACUGAUCUUUCCAGGUUGAUAUGAUGAACAGCUUUUUUCAGCAUGAAUAAAAUAAAAAUGGCAACAGAAAAAAGUGUAACUAACAAUUCUCGGAUUGUGAGCUUAUUGGCACAGCUGGAGAAGAUCAAUGCAGAAUGUUUGGUGGAUGCAGAUACUGCCAGAUAUGUUACAUCAAAGAUUCUACACCUAACCCAAAGCCAAGAAAAAAUCAGGAAGGAAAUGACAGCCAAAGGUUCAACAGGAAUAGAAGUUAUUCUCUCAACAUUGGAGAAUACAAGAGAUUUCCAGACUACAGUCAAUAUCUUAAACAUCUUAUUGGAAUUGGUGGCAGUAGGCAGUAGCCGCAGAACAAGUAUUCUGGUUUCUAGAGGAGGGACACAGAUUUUAUUGCAUUUGCUUGUGAAUGUCAGUAAAGAAUCUCCACCAAAUGAAGACUUAAUGGUGCUACUUCAUUCUCUUCUUGCAAAAGUUGGUCCAAAAGAUAGAAAGUUUGGAGUAAAAGCCAGAAUUAGUGGUGCUUUAAAUAUAACUCUAAACAUAGUGAAACAGAACUUGCAAAAUCAAAGGCUAAUACUGCCUUGUCUCCAAGUGUUACGUGUGUACUCAAGUAACUCUGUAAAUGCUGUGUCCUUGGGUAAGAAUGGAGUUGUAGAAUUGAUAUUUAAGAUAAUUGGUCCUUUUAGCAAGAGGAAUACUGGCCUUAUGAAGGUUGCAUUAGAUACCCUUGCUGCAUUGUUAAAAUCAAAAACGAAUGCAAGGCGAGCUGUAGACAGAGGCUAUGUCCAAAUGCUUCUAACAAUUUAUGUAGAUUGGCACCGUCAUGAUAGCCGGCAUAGACACAUGUUGAUCCGUAAGGGAAUCUUGCAGUCUAUUAAAAGUGUUACAAACAUCAAAUUGGGAAGAAAAGCAUUCCUUGAUGUUAAUGGGAUGAAAAUUCUGUAUAACACUUCACAAGAAUGCCUGGCGGUAAGAACUCUUGAUCCACUAGUCAACACUUCCAGUCUAAUAAUGAGAAAAUGCUAUCCUAAAAACCGUCUUCCACUACCAACCAUUAAAAGUGCUUUCCAUUUCCAACUGCCUGUCAUACCUGUUAGUGGCCCAGUGUAUCAGCUGUAUAGUUUGCCUCCUGAAGUGGAUGACGUAGUAGAUGAAAGUGAUGACAAUGAUGAUACCGAAACAGAAUCUGAGAUUGAAAACGAUAAUGAAGAUGACUCAGAUCAACAUUUUAAGAAUGAUGACAUAGAGACAGAUAUCAACAAAUUGAAACCAAAGCAAGAAUUGGGACGACCUUUUGAAGAUCUACUGAUGUAUGAACAAUUUUUUCCAGAACUUACAGAAGACUUUCAGGAAUGUGACCUGGUUUCCAAGGAACCAAAGCCUCUUUCAACUAAUAUAACACAAGGAGGGCCUAUUGUUGUUCCUACUGCUGGAGUGGAGCAGUCCCCAGCAAAUCAUGGAAUAGAAAUUCCUGUGAAAGAGAGUUAUCCUCUACAAACAGAGGACUGUAAAAAAAGACCAAUGUUUUUGGGUUUGGUAAAGAAUGAUAAUAGCAUGGACACUCUGCAGCUCCAAGGUGAUCAAAUGAACUUACUUCCAUCAUGCCAGUGCCUAAACCACGAAAUAAUUAAAGAUUUUGACAGAAUUUCUUUGCAAAACACUUCCAAAAAUGAACAAUCUUACACUACGAGGGCCAUGACCAAAAAAGAAUGUAAAACUAGCCUUAGUGAAAAUACCUGUAAUAAAUCUUGUCAGCAUGUCUCAUCUUGUGGAGGUGUUUUAUUUGAGGGAAGAUCUGUCCAGCUGGGAACGCUAUGUUGUUCUGGACCUGAUCCAGAAGAGGAGGACAUUUCCUGCUCAGUUUCUGUGGGAGACCAAGCAGUGCCUGAAGUGCCUGAUACAUUGCAACUCCAUGACCCAGAACUUUAUAUUGAGAUUGUGAAAAAUACAAAUUCUGUUCCUGAAUAUUCAGAAGUGGCUUAUCCUGAUUAUUUUGGACAUAUUCCACCUCCAUAUAAAGAACCUAUUCUUGAAAGACCUUAUGGAGUGCAAAGGAAGAAGAGAAUGGCUGGCAGUCACAUGCGAACUCUGAUGACAAAAAUUAACCAAGACAUCGAAAGGCUAAUCCAUCCUAAUGAUAUUAUAGACAGAGUUGUUUAUGACCUUGAUAAUAUCAGUUAUCCAGUGCCAGAUGAAGGAGAUGUUUUGAAGUUUAACUCCAGAUUUGAGUCCGGAAAUUUACGGAAAGUUAUUCAGAUCAGAAAAAAUGAAUAUGAUCUCAUUCUGAACUCUGAUAUAAACAGUAAUCAUUAUCACCAGUGGUUUUACUUUGAAGUCAGCGGAAUGCGGACAAGCAUUGCUUACCGAUUUAAUAUAAUCAACUGUGAAAAGACAAACAGUCAGUUUAAUUAUGGUAUGCAGCCCCUCAUGUACUCUGUUCAAGAGGCACUAAGUGGACGACCCUGGUGGAUUCGUGUGGGAACAGACAUUUGUUACUAUAAGAAUCACUUUUCAAGAAGCUCAAUUGCAGCCGGAGGCCAGAAGGGAAAAUCCUACUAUACAAUUACCUUCACAAUCACCUUCCAACAUAAGGAUGAUGUUUGUUACUUUGCUUACCAUUAUCCAUAUACUUACUCAGCUUUAAUGAUGCAUCUCCAAAAAUUAGAAUCAACACAUAAUCCUCAGCAGAUAUAUUUUCGACAAGAUACCUUGUGUGAGACCCUCUCAGGAAACAGCUGUCCUAUAGUAACUGUAACAGCCAUGCCAGAAUCAAAUUACUAUGAACAUAUUUGUCAAUUCAGAAACCGUCCUUAUAUUUUCUUAUCUGCUCGUGUACAUCCUGGAGAAACUAAUGCAAGCUGGGUUAUGAAGGGAACAUUGGAAUAUCUCAUGAGUAAUAAUCCUUCUGCCCAGAGUUUACGAGAAUCCUAUAUUUUUAAAAUUGUACCAAUGCUUAAUCCUGAUGGUGUCAUCAAUGGAAAUCAUCGUUGUUCUUUAAGUGGGGAAGAUUUGAAUAGACAAUGGCAAAAUCCAAAUGCAGAUCUGCAUCCCACAAUUUAUCACGCCAAAGGACUGCUCCAGUAUUUGGCUGCUAUAAAACGUUUGCCACUGGUUUUUUGUGAUUAUCAUGGUCAUUCUCGUAAGAAAAACGUGUUCAUGUAUGGCUGCAGCAUCAAGGAAACAAUGUGGCAUACUAGUGCUUCCUCUUGUGAUCUGGCAGAAGACCUCAGUUAUCGGACUCUUCCUAAGAUUCUGAGUCAAACAGCCCCAGCAUUCUGCAUGAGCAGCUGCAGUUUUGUCGUGGAAAAGUCUAAAGAGUCUACAGCACGUGUAGUAGUUUGGCGGGAAAUAGGUGUUCAAAGGAGUUACACAAUGGAAAGCACAUUAUGUGGAUGUGAUCAGGGGAAGUACAAGGGAUUACAGAUUGGAACACGUGAACUAGAAGAGAUGGGAGCCAAGUUCUGUUCUGGUCUAUUGCGUUUGAAAAGAUUGACAUCACCACUGGAAUACAAUCUGCCCUCUACCCUCUUUGACAUUGAAAAUGAACUGAUUGAAUCAAGUUGUAAAGUGACAAGUCCAACUACAUAUGUUCUGGAAGAAGAUGAACCUCGCUUUCUUGAAGAAGUGGAUUAUAGUGCAGAGAGCAAUGAUGAACCAGAUGUUGAUUUGGCAAAUAAUGCUGCUGAUUAUGAACCGUCUCUUCAAGAAGAUGGACUUUCUGACUCUGAAAUUACAAGGACGCAUUUGCCUUGAAACAUCCUUGGAACGUGAAGAAUUUCACUGCUGUGGCUUAUUUAAGAUGGACAUGGUGGGUUAUUUAAUUUUGGGGUAUUGCUCAAGCAAAUUAACUACAGUCAGCUCAGUUCAAAAACAAUAAAUGUUUCUGGCUUUUAAAUGAAUUGACACUUGUUUUAUUUAAAUAUUUAAGUUCUACACCUUAGUACUGAAAUUGUUUUAUCAUUUGAUUUCCUGCUAAAUAAUACUGCAUGGCCUUUUUGUAUUGAUUCCUAUAUUCACCAAAAAAAUUAAGAAAUUCUUGGUGUUCAGAGGGCAUACUCUAAAUAUUAUUCCUUGUGACACUGUCUUCCUAAGUGAUUACUGACACGUGCACAAAGGCAGAUUUACUGAAAUGACUGUACCUGUGUGUACUGACAUUUCCUCCCUUCAGAUGCUGUUGUUAGUGUUUGAUGUAAUGCAGGUCUAGUUUAAUUUGCAUUGCAUUUGAACUAGUUUGAUUUGCAUUUAGAUAAUUCAAAAGAAAAUUGGUAUACUGAUUGACAAAUAUUUUGGGAUUUAAAUAAAACACUCUUAUACCAUUUUGCUACACUUUUAAUUUAAAAUAGACAAUGAUAAUUGAAUAUCCAGUUCAAGUGUUUUGCUACACAUGCCAGGUAAAUGUAUUGGUACUCAUACAAAGACAUCAGCUGGUGCCCAUACACUGCUACUUCAGCCUACAGAUUGAAUUCAUGUGUUAGACUGCUUCUCCUUAUUAAUAUAGUUGCUACAUAUGGAAUACUGGCAUGUCAGGAAGGGGGGGCAGGCAGGAAGAAAACUCAGUUUCUAAUAUUGUAUUUGAAGGCAUAAGUGAAGCAUGUGAUUGAAUAUUCCUCCAUACAAAAAAUGAUGUCAUCCAGAUACAGGUUUACUAUCUCAACUGUUUUUUGAGAAGUUGACCCAGUGGUUGACCCCCUCAGAGUGUCACCCAGUGAGAGGGCAGAGCUUCCAGGGGGUGUGGCUAAAAGAACAGCCCAGGGGAGGGAGGGGGUGCUUUCUUUAAAGAGAAACCCUGCAGCUGGGGGAUGAGCGCAUACCCACUCUUCCUCGCAGCUCUGUCCCAGGCUUUUCCCUUGUAGGAAAAGCCCCAGAAGGGAGGAGGAGCAUAUGUGUGUGUGUGCCUUUCCUGGUUUCUCCAUCCUCAGCUUCCUCUCCAGGGAAAAAGCCUGGGACAGAGAAGUAGGGGUGUGUGUUCACAUGCCUUUGCAGACUGUUGCAUCCCAAGCUUUUUCCAUGAAGAUGAAGCCCCAGAGGGAGCAGCCUGCAAGGACACAUGUGUGGUCUUCCUCCUCUGUCCAGUUGUCCUGGAGCAGCCGGGAAGGGGAGGAGCGUCCAACUGGAUGUCAUCCCUCUUCUUGGUCAUCUGGUGGGUCUGCACACCCCUAGUAAUGCCAGUGAGUAAACCAAAUGUGCCCAUUUAUCAUCAUGCCCAAAUUCCUUCUGAAGUUAGCAGCUAAGUUGAAACAUUGAGAAAACAUGUUUUUGGUAAGCUUGAGCAGUUAAUUGUAUGUAUAUUUAUUGAUAUAAUUACUAAUUUAUUUUCUAUAUUUAAUAUGCACAUAGUCAAAGUGCUUUAGAUAUUUUAUUUAUAUUUUUUAGUUCAUAUAUGGUUUUGAUAGAAGUAUAGUAGUACUUAAUUGGGUUUCUUUAUGCAUAUCACUAGAAUUUAUUUUCAGUGUAAACGAGAAAAAAUUGAGAAUGCUUGAUUCUAUUUUUAUCAUUAUACCUGUUCAAAACACAAAGACCUUGCACUCUUACAUUUUCAGUUGGUCUUUAGUGUACCUAACUUUAACAUGAGUCUAUUUCCCCUCCCAUUGUUUUCCUGAGAUAUCAUAAAGACAGUACAAAAUUGGUACCAAGACAUCAAUGAUGAAGAGAGCAUUUCUUCACAUGUGGUUUAUCUUUGUGGGAAAAGUUCAACUGAGUUUUUCCCUAUGUUGUUUUGGCAAUGGUAGGACUGCGGCUCAGCUUUGAUUUUUUUUCUUUUGCAUUAAUAAAAAUAUUAUAAUUGUUGAAUAUUAGGUGAGAUUACCUUAUUUUGCAAUUGGCCAUUAGUAAUUCCCCCCUAAAAAGCAGUCAAUUUGCAUUGUUGAUGUUUAUCCAUCCACUUUCCCUUCUUCAUCUUCUUGAAUCACCAGCCAUAUUUUAUGUUGUAAAAUAAAAUUAAUAAAUAUGCAAAAUAUUUUGAACAGAAAUAUGAGAAUGAAUAAUAAAUUGAUUGAUUCAUAACACAUGCAUGUUAUUAUCCAAUGCUUUACUACACAUGUAAAAUUGUAGGAUGUUAACCAGUACUUGUUUUCAUCUUAAACAAAACACGUGCUGUGUGAGCAAACACAUUACAUGAAGCCAGAAUUCCAUGGGAAACUUGGGUUGUCAAUUUUGGGUAGCAUGCUGGUUCCCAGUGCUCUCUCUUGUAGUAGGAGCAACUAAACCACUGACAUUUGGUUAAGCAUGAUGUCUGAACCAGCAGGAGCCAACCCUCUACUUUGUCGUUCCGCCAACAAGUCCAAGAAAUAAUCCUUGGCUUUUUGUGCAGUUAUUUCUAUGGCUUCUUGAGGGAAAGACAAACCAACAAAUCAGCAUGUGCCAAGUUCAAAUGUCAUGCUAAACAAACAAUAGGCUGAAGGCUAUAAAAGCAGGAACUCUUAGGCAGCAAGCAAGCUGGAUAAAGCAGUAGGAAUCAACAGACCAUCUCACCCCCAUAAACUGCAGUUAAACAGAAUAUCAACUUCUUAUGAUUGGCAAGCAUCAACAUGCUUUCUUAGUAGGGAUAUACAGAUGUUACAGUUCUCACCUGGGCAGGAAUAGUUGAAGCAGUUCCUCCUGGUUAUAGUAACAUCUCCAGAAAAAAUAUGACCACAAGCCCAGCAUGUUCCUAGAUGUCAACAGGUAUUUGAGAAAUAUCAAUAGAAUGCCAUGCAGUGUUGUGCAGUGUAGCAAAAUUGUGGAUCUGGCCCCAAAUAGAUACUUUUACAGCCAGCUCAAAAUUGCUGUUUGCAUUGUUUUAAAAAAAAUACUGUGGGAGGUGGGGAUUUAUAACUUGAUAUUGACCUAAAAAGCUGCACUUUUUAUUUGAAGAUAACCAAGCUAAUCUCUUGUACUUUAUGGAAUAAUUUCUCCCUUUUGAAAGUCUUUGAAUAUUUUUAAAUCAAAGUUUUAUUUUGAUAAAAUUACUUUAAUGUAAAACACUGCGUAUCAUGCAAGUAUGAUUUAGGAUUCCUUUUUUCCAUUUCAGAGGACUUUCUGAGUUGAAGUGAUAAAAUUACAUAUUAAAUAUAUUAUUUCUAUCCAGUAAUAUAUUGUAAUAAAUACUGGAAUCUUCCUUUUAAAUAUUGUACCUCUCAGGCAAAGGUUGCCAUUUGUGCCAACUUUCAGAUGUUAGUUAAUGUGGCAUAUUGCACUUCUUGUAGCUGAAGAAAGACAGCAAAUACUCAGUUUAAAUAAAGCUGUUGAAACAAACAUUAUGUACAAAGCCAGGAAAUCUAGGUUUUAAAAUUAUUAUUCAUUGUACUCCUGUAAUGAUAAACUGUGACAUUAUUGUGCAUGAUCCCUGUAUACCCAAUUUAUCAAGUAAAUGUAUAAUAAAAGAAGGAUGACCAUCUGGUUCUGUAUAA